AUGGGCCAGCAACCAGAGGCAGAGAAAGGGGCACAGCAAACCAGCGCUCACCCAACGACAGAGACCAUCAGCCCUCAACCCAUGACACUCCAUUCUUCAGACUCACCGGGGUCCAAGUCCACCAUGCCGGAUGCCACAUACCACUCCUGGACUGUCUUGGAGCACCUACAACAAACUCUGAGGGAGUCUCACCACACGCAGACCGCAGGACAGCAGUGGGAACACGUGAAGCCCACAGAGGGCAUAGGCUGA